AGAAAAGAUUCGGCCGACAACCACAUCAAUCAUUUACAAACCUGCAGCACACGACUGACUGUACACACACAGCGCCGACUGUGAAGCCCGAGCAGGCGGUUCACCCAGCACCAUCAGAGACUUCUUGACUUACAUCUUGGGUGUCUCCCUCAAUAUCGAGCCUCGUCCACAUACUUAGCUUUCCAAGUCAAGGGCUGCCACCAUGGCGCCCACGGCAGCACCUUUGACCCCUGGGUUCUCCAGUUUUCAGCGAGUCCUCUCUACUGAACCGGUCGACUCAUCCACAACCUACCUCGUCUCAUUGCUCAAACGACGGCAGAUCAAAGGAUCAAAACGAUGCGCUGUCGCAACUACGCUCCUCCUCCUUCGCACAGUCGAACUGAGCAAGCAAGCCGACUCUGACAGACUAAUUCACAGAGUCACCGAGGUUGGCAAAAAGCUCAUGAACGCUGCACCACAUGAACCCGCGGUUGGGAACAUAGUACGCAGGGUCCUUGGGAUAAUCCGAGAAGAAGCCGAAGACGACGCAGCCGCCGGAGCAGAAGGAGGCAGCGCAGAGAGUGAUGCUGGCCUUGAUUCUCCUGCACCUCUUGAACGACCCUCACUCUCUCAUUCAAUACCCAACGGCUUCUCAAGACCAUUCGACACGAACGCCAGUCCAUCACCGCAACGCGGCAUGACCCGUCCUCCGUUACUAUCCUCACACACCGGCGCACCAGGCGGCGCCCGCCCGGUUACCUCCAUGUUCAGCAUUAUCUCUCAUCCAACUAUGCGACCCUCAGGGGGCGAUUCACCGGCCCACGGCAGCGGCACCGUCACACCUCGAAUGACUCUGUCAGGAAUGCUUUCCAACCUCCGUCAGGAAGUUAUUAAAGGCAUCAAAGAGAUCAUCGACGAGAUCAACGGCUCCGACGACGAGAUCUCAUCCGCUGCCCUCGACCAGGUCCAUCCACAGGAAACCAUUCUCACAUAUUCCUCCUCUGUCACCGUACAGCGCUUUCUACUCAGAGCUGCGUCCAAACGCAAGUUUACUGUCAUCCAUGCAGAAGCAUACCCAAACAAUCACCAGAAGACCCACGGUCUACUUACAGGCUCCCAAGACGGUGCCGAGGAUGACGAUAUGCUACCUAACGAAGCCUUUUCCAAACCGUUGACCUCAGCUGGCAUAACUGUCGUCAUGAUUCCCGACUCGGCCAUAUUUGCAGUCAUGUCGCAAGCUACCAAGGUCAUUCUCGAUACACAUGCUGUUUUGACGAAUGGCUCGCUGGUGGCUGCCGCAGGGACAAAGGCUGUGAUCAAAGCCGCCCGAUUCCACCGCGUGCCAGUAGUUGUACUGGCUGCGACGUACAAGCUGUCACCGACAUACCCAUACGACCCUUAUAAGCUGAUCGAAUACGGUGACGCCGGGAAAGUGGUACCCCUACAAGAUGGUGAGCUGCGUACAGGUCUGGAUGUUGCUGUCAGAAAUCCGUUGUACGACUAUGUCGAGGCUGGAGACGUCGAUUUGUUUGUGACCAACCAAAUUCCUGCCGUGGUGAGCACGGGCUAUCUCUACAGGGUGGUGAGAGAGCAGUAUCAUGACGAAGACCUGCAGCUAUAAUGAGCAACCAGCAACCAUUCAUGCAAGCUGUCAGAGACUGUAGCGAAAGAUGGGGCCAAUUGCAUGUUAACGGCCUUAUCAUGGCUGCGUUAGCUGGAAGGCUAACUGGGGGGCCAAGGAGGCGAGAGGCGCUCGACCAUGAACAAUUUUGAUACCCAGGUAGCAUGGAUGUUUUGUUUCUAAAUAGUGACAUUGUCUUCCAGGCAAGAGUAUGCUUUCACACGCUGAUGA